AUGGCCAACUCUGGCUUCCAGCUCCUGGGCUACUUCCUGGCGCUGGGGGGCUGGGUGGGCAUCAUUGCCAGCACAGCCCUGCCCCAAUGGAAACAGUCCUCGUAUGCGGGAGAUGCCAUCAUCACAGCAGUGGGCCUCUACGAGGGACUCUGGAUGUCCUGUGCCUCUCAGAGCACCGGCCAGGUGCAGUGCAAGCUCUAUGACUCUCUGCUCGCCCUGGACGUUCACAUCCAGACGGCACGAGCUCUCAUGGUGGUCUCUGUGCUCCUGGGCUUCAUUGGGGUGGUCAUCAGUGUGGUGGGCAUGAAAUGCACCCGGGUAGGAGACAAUAACCCCGUGACCAAGGACCGGGUCGCCAUCUCGGGAGGUGCCCUCUUCGUCCUGGCAGGGCUCUGCACAAUGACUGCAGUCUCCUGGUACGCCACUCUGGUAACCCAGGAGUUCUUCAAUCCCAGCACACCGGUCAAUGCCAGGUAUGAGUUUGGGCCAGCACUGUUUGUGGGCUGGGCAUCUGCCAGCCUCAUCAUGCUGGGGGGCUCCUUCCUCUGCUGCACCUGUCCUGAAAGAGAGAGACUCAGCCCCCAGCAACCCUAUCGAGCUGGGCCUGCCUCUGCAGCUGCUCGGGAGUAUGUCUGA